AUUAUAUAGUUUUUCACGUAGCCGCUACGUGCAGAUUAUUUUGGGUGUACAUAUCAGUCUCAGCAAUUUGUUUUCCUCAUGCAUGGUUUAUAAAAAUCCACACCAACUUUGUUUACUUCGUAAUCUUCUGCAGAACGCAGGCCCUAAAUUUACAAUUCAUUCACCUCUUAUCCUAUACAUUGCUGGGAAUAAUGGCGAUUAAACUCGAUGGGUGUCGAUUGUGCGUGGAAGAACUGGGUAGCCCCAUCUGCCCCCUGGAUGAUCCAAAUCUGCAGCAACAAAUGAAAAGUGUUUUUUACUUCCCGAUUGAACCAAAGCAAGGCUUCUCGAGUAGAGUUUGCUCAGCCUGCAUUUUUGUCAUUGGAGAGUUUUAUAAAUUUUCCGAAAAGGUGCGUCAAAAUCAAGACUCCUUUAGUAUUGCGAUAUCCGCUAAUGUGGAAAGUAGUACGAAUAUGGUAUCACAAAUCAAACUUGAGCCAUUAGAUCCGCUAGCUGAAGACAUGGAUCAAUCACUGGAACCAAAACAGGGGGUUAUAACAGAUAACGAUAUCCAGAGCGAUAAAGACGAUGUAGAUAUCAAGUUUGAACCAUUAUUGGAUUUGGAAAUUAUCAAGCUCGAUCACCCUUUAGAACCCGACGAAAUUAUGGUAACAGAUAAAGAUAACUGCAGUGAUGUUCCGAUAUUAGACAACGUUCAAGACCCUCUUUCAAAUCAUGAGAAAUCUGCUUCGCAACAGCCAAAAUCGAAAACUGAAGAACAAAUCCUUCAAGAAGAAAAUACAUUAAACGAUUUUUUUCCAAUGAUAUGCGAACUAUGCGGACAUAAGGAGUCAAGUUUUAAUUUUUUGUUGCGUCAUUUCAAGGAGAUUCACCGUCAACCCGGUUAUGUAGUCUGUUGUGAAGAGAAAUUAUAUCAGAAGUCCAAGUUGAAGUUGCAUAUGCAAAAUCACGUGAAACCUAAUGGAGAACUUUGUGAAAUUUGCAACAAACAUGUUAAAAACAUAACAAAGCACCGAAGAAUAAUGCACCCCAAAGAGGAAAAAAAGAAGUUCAAAUGUGAUCAAUGUCCGAAUGCUUAUGUAAACAAGUGCCUGCUUAUUAGUCAUAUGAAUAAGCACCUACCUAAAACGCAUCAGAACAUUCCAUGCCCACAGUGCGAUAUGAAGCUCGCGAGCAAAAAAUCGCUGAGAACUCACAUUUCCAACAUGCACAGCGUAAAUAGGACACCAAUGAUUUGCGACUUUUGUGGAAAACAGUUUCUUAAUAAACCGCACUUCGAACGACACGUUAAUAAACAUAAGGGAAUAGAAUACAAACGAAGAGUACUCCAGAAAAAGCAAUGUCACAUUUGUAAAAGGAUAUUAUUUGCUGAGCAAGCACUACGAAAACAUUUGCAGGUUGUUCACUGUGAACCGGCCGAAACGCUCGAAUGUGACGAAUGCCACCGGAAAUAUCCCAAUUCUAGUACUUUAAAUUCGCACAAAGAAAGGGUGCAUAUCAGAGCCAAAUUCGGGUGUGAGUUCUGCGAUAAGCGGUUCAAGUUUAAUUUUAGGCUCCAGGAUCACCGAGCAACCCACUUACGAGAUCGUCUCUGGAAGUGCGAAUACUGUGACAAAGCUUUAAAUACCAAACAUACCCUUCAGUCUCAUGUUAAAAGAUCCCACCCAGCGGAAUAUGCGGAACAGAAACGCUUAGCAACAGAGAAAGCGUUUGGCAAAAAUUAAUCGAAUUGUCCUAAGAGUCAAAUUUAGGUAUUCAAAUAUUCAAAAAGUUGUACCUAUAUGAUUUACUAAAUAAUUUAAGAACAGAGUAAAUAAAUCCUAGUUUGUUUUGAUUAGGUCGUAUGAACCGUCGUAUAAACAAAAUUGAGUUGUUUGCUGCAAACAAUUAUAAACAUGUAUUUUAUCUUUGGUAAAAAAUUGGUUUCAUUUUAUCAUUAAA